GCCUUUCAUUUUGACUCGGGCCUUAUAUAAGCCUAAUUUAUAAAACCCUAAUUUCAUUCCUCAUCAUCUCUACUGAAAACCCUAACACCGGCGGCAGUUUGAUUGUGAGAUCGAAGACCAAAAAUGGCCAAGUCGAAGAAUCAUACCGCACACAAUCAGUCGUACAAGGCUCACAGGAAUGGAAUCAAGAAGCCAAAGAGUCACCGUCACAGCUCCACCAAAGGGAUGGAUCCCAAAUUCUUGAGGAACCAGAGGUAUGCUAGGAAGCACAACAAGAAGAAUGGUGAAACUGCCGCAGAAGAAUAGACUAAGCUAGAGCAAUAGGGGCUUUCUGGAUUUCUGUUUAUUGCUGUUACUGUUAUCCAAUUUUUGCGUUUUUAAAUUUUGUUUGUUAUGGGAAUAUAGUUGCUACUUAUGUGAACUAGCAUUUCAUGAUUUCGUCGAGUAUGGAAACCAAUUCUACUGUUUA